CACAAUCCACCUUGUGCUUCACCCCCCGGCGCAUCUGAGCAGACAUCAAGGAAGUUCCUAGGGAUCGUUACACGAUGAGCGGCCUAGUACGCUCAGUUGCGUUGUUCAUGUCAUUCGCGUUCGGCGUGAUUGGCAUGUCGGUGGGCAUCAAUGCCUUGGUCAAAUCGAACAACUUGAAAGCCUUCGUUAGAGAGGCAGCUCCUCCGGGUGUUUCAGUUGACAUCAACACACAUGACAUUAUUAGCUCGGGUGCAGUUCUUACUGUCGGCUGUGGUCUCCUCGCACUCACCUCUCUCCUCACCUUCCUGCUCACCUUCCUACGCCCUCGCGCACGCAAGACACACCGUUUCUCUGGAUUCUUGCAUUUCUUCUGGGUAGUGUGGAUAUUGGCGACUGUCAUUGCGUAUGAUGUCAUAGCACGAAACAGGGAAGCGAAGGUCACCGCGUUCCUUGCUGGAGGACAGUUGCCGGAUAGUUUUGUACAGCAGCAGGAACAGCUAUUGGGCGUUACGCCAAAGUAUUGGCCGCAUAACUAUAUUAAAUUGCCUGCGAUCCUGCCUUGGUUUGCGUUCUUAUUCGGUGCGAUCGCUGGUGUUACGCUGUUCCAUACCACCAAAGCCGGGCCGGAUAUCGCACAUAGUUCGCGCAACGCCGCUGCUGCUGACGAGAGUGCUGGGAAGCCGAGCACGGAGAAAGGAGUUUCGGAGGACGUACACGAUCGCACAUGAACUGUCACCGAUUCAGGCACUGGUUCCGUUGCUCCAUGCUGUCAUUGGAACUGUAAAUACCAUGCACUGUUUUUUCUUCUGCGGAGUCGUAGACUCUUACAAUUUUCUGGACCUUCAACGUUAUUUCCUUUGCCUGCUCGUUGUGAGAGACUUGUAUUAGUAAUAGCCAUGAAGUAAUGGAAGGUUUCAGCAAUGCAUCGUAAGAUCGUCGCUGGAAAGAUAAACUGGC